CACCAAAUCUCACACUUUCACACACACACUACACACACUAACAAAAAAACAUGGGUUGUGUAUCUUCAAAACAUAUCAAGAAAAAAGAUCUUAACAACAACAAGAAAAAUAAAAAGAUUCAUUUGAAGACUGAUUCAUCAGCUUACAAAAACCAUGUUGUGUCUUUAACUUCAUCAACAUAUGGCGCUUUAAAUCUCGAUAAAGAUAAAGAUAAAGAUAAAGAUAACGAUUUAAACGAGGUAUCCCCGUCUAAGGAUGUUACUACAGAACAAAAGAAAUCGCCUCCAAGAAGAUCGAAUUCGGGCCCGCCCGAGAUUAUUAAUGCUUGGGAGCUAAUGAAGGAUCUUGAAGAUGACCCACAAAUUGGGGAUUUGGGUAAAGGGAAGAAAAGCCCCAAAUUGAGAAAAGGGUUUGCAGAAAUUGAUGUUAAGACUCCAAUGAAGUUUUUGAAUCAAUUGGGUAGUUCACCAAAGGUUGUAUCGAAAAGAUUUUCGGGUAAAGAGAAUAAGAAAGUUGGGGUGAAGAAAUCUGAGUUUAGCCCGAAUGUAGGGAUUGUAAAGGCGUCGACUUUGCCUCCGAAUUUGAGGAUAUCGAAAAGGGGUAGUGGGUGUGAGUCACCUGUGGAUUCGGGUUUGAAUUCGGCUAGAAGGAGGAAUCUUGGGUUGGUGUUUGACCCGGAUCGUGUUGACCCGAAUGGGAAAAAGAAGUUUCUUGAGAAAGAAGAGGUUAAGAAAAUGGUAUUGGGGACACCCACGUGUCAAAAGUCGAGAAACUCGAUUGAGUCAAAGUCAAUUCUUGACUCUUUCGAGAAAAAGUCUCCUCCAGGUGGACCUGCAGGGGAAGAUGUGGUGGUGGUGUACACCACCACAUUAAGGGGUAUCCGAAAGACGUUUGAGGAUUGUAAUGUGGUUCGUGGGAUCAUCGAGUCACACCAUGUUCGUAUGAUCGAACGUGACGUGUCGAUGGAUUCCGGGUUUAAGGAAGAGUUAAGGAUGUUACUAGGAAAAAAAGAAGUCAAAGUUCCUGUCGUGUUGGUCAAAGGGAGAUUAAUUGGUGGGUCAGAGGAAAUAUUGAAGUUAGAAGAGGAGGGUAAAUUAGGGAUUUUACUAGAUGGGAUUCCGACCGUGGCGGACACUGGAUGCACGGGCUGUGGCGGGGUACGCUUUGUGAUGUGUACGGUGUGCAAUGGGAGUUGUAAGUUGAUAGGUUAUGAUGGGAGAAGGAGUGUCAAGUGUUUGGAAUGCAAUGAAAAUGGAUUAGUUCAAUGUCCUAUUUGCUGUUAAGUUAUAAGUUUGUGUGACAUGAGAAAAUUAAAGGUCAGUACAAAAAUCAUGUGAAUCUUAUUAUUUUUUCUUCAUUAAUGUUGUGACUAAUUUGGUCAUUAAUUAGGUAAUUUAUGGAAGGUUUGACUGAGAUUGGUUUAAUUAUACAUUUUGUUAAAUUCAUAUGAUUUUUGUUUGGCCUUUUGUUCAAUGUGAUAUGGAGUUGAAUA